GUUUUUUCUCAAAAAGAAAAAAUAAACAAAAAAAGAAAAGCAACUCAGUCACAGUCAGCAUCUACAUCAUCAAGCUGGAGUCACACGCAGCAGUGAACUACUCAACUUCCCGGAAAACGAUUUACGGCCGCCAUAGCCACCGCUGCAGAACAAAAUUGCGUCGUAGCAGAUCUCGAGUAACACUCACUUCAACUGAAUCAAAUUGGAUAUAUGACAAGGUUUAAAUAUCUGUAAUCCAACUUUUCUGUUAAUACGGACAACAGAAUGUCAGAAGGAGCCAGUCUUGUGCUAGAAUCAUCUGAAAAUGGCACAGAUUUGUCUCAGGAUGACAUUGGCACUGUUGAGGAAACACCAGAGGAAACAAUCUUGUCAAGACAAACUUCUGUUAACCUUGUUCCUUUUAUUGGUCAGAGAUUUGUCUCUCAAGAAGCUGCUUAUGAGUUUUAUUGCAGUUUUGCUAAACAAUUUGGCUUUUCUAUUAGACGACACCGCACCCGAGGGAAAGAUGGGGUUGGCCGAGGAGUUACAAGGAGGGAUUUUACUUGCCAUCGCGGCGGAUUUCCCCAGAAUAAACCUUCUGAAGAUGGGGGAGGGGGGAAGGCGCAAAGGAACCGUAAAUCAUCUCGCUGUGGUUGCCAAGCAUACAUGCGGAUAGUGAAAAGGGUAGAUUUUGAUGUUCCUGAAUGGCGUGUUACUGGUUUUAGAAAUAUCCACAAUCACGAGUUGUUAAAAUCCAAUGAGGUGCAUCUUCUUCCAUCACACUGUCCGAUAUCUCCUGAUGAUAAGAGCCGCAUAUGCAUAUUUGCUAAAGCUGGAAUGUCAGUCAGGCAAAUGCUAAGAUUAAUGGAGCUAGAGAAAGGCAUCAAACUUGGUUGUCUUCCUUUUACAGAGAUAGAUGUGAGAAACUUGUUGCAAUCUUUCAGAAAUGUGGAUAAAGAUAAUGAUGCUAUUGAUCUGAUUGCUAUGUGUAAGAGAUUAAAGGAUGAAAACCACAACUUCAAGUAUGAAUUCAAGAUAGAUAGUAAUAACAGGCUUGAGUACAUCGCAUGGUCCUACGGCUCAUCAAUUCAAUCAUACGAGGUAUUUGGUGAUGCUGUGGUUUUUGAUACAACGUACCGAGUAGAAGCUUAUGAUAUGCUGUUGGGAAUUUGGCUUGGAGUGGACAAUAAUGGAAUGUUAUGUUGCUUUAGUUGUGCACUUCUACGUGAUGAAAAUAUGCUGUCUUUUUCAUGGGCCUUAAAGGCUUUCUUGGGCUUCAUGAAAGGAAAAGCUCCACAAACAAUACUGACGGAUCACAACACGUGGCUGAAAGACGCUAUUGCUGUUGAAAUGCCUGAAAGUAAACACGCGUUUUGUAUAUGGCAUAUUCUUUCCAAGUUCUCUGACUGGUUUUCUAUACUUCUUGGAUCACAAUAUGACUUGUGGAAAGCUGAGUUCCAUCGGCUCUACAAUUUGGAAAUGGUGGAUGAUUUCGAAGAAGGCUGGAGGCUAAUGGUCAAUAAAUAUGGACUCCAUGCAAAUAAACAUAUUAUUAGCCUAUACUCAUUAAGGACAUUUUGGGCUUUACCAUUCUUGAGACGAUACUUCUUUGCAGGAUUAACCAGUACAUGUCAGACCGAGUCCAUUAAUGUUUUCAUUCAACGGUUCUUGAGUGCACAAUCUCAACCAGAACGCUUUUUAGAGCAAGUGGCUGAUAUUGUUGAUUUUAAUGACCGAGCCGGACCAAAGCAAAAGAUGCAAAGGAAAAUGCAGAAAGUGUGCCUCAAAACAGGUUCACCUAUAGAAUCCCAUGCUGCCACUAUACUUACUCCUUAUGCCUUGAGCAAACUUCAAGAAGAGCUAGUUUCGGCACCACAAUAUGCAUCAUUUCUGGUUGAUGAAGGUGUUUUCCAGGUCAGACACCACUCUCAGACUGAUGGAGGUUGCAAAGUGCUUUGGCUUCCUUGUCAAGAGCACAUCAGCUGCACCUGCCAUCUGUUUGAGUUUUCAGGCAUCUUAUGUAAACAUGUUCUACGAGUCAUGUCAACUAAUAACUGUUUUCACAUCCCGGAUCAAUAUUUACCAGUCCGUUGGCGAAGCAUUGGUUCGUCUUCUCUUAACCAUUUUCAGGGUACAACUAGCAGGGAUCAGCCUGAAAGGAUACAAUUUUUGGAAUCAUUGGUUUCAACACUUCUAAUGGAAUCCGUUGAAACUGAUGAACGCCUUGAUGUUGCUUGUGACCAAGUUUCCAUGGUGCUAUCACGUAUCAAAACUCUUCCCCGAUCAUCACACGGGGUAAAUGACAUUACAUUUAAUUAUGCAUCAGAUUCAUUGAUACCGCCAGAGGUAGAAGAUACUGACGAAAUUAUUCAUGGUUUUACAAUUGCAAAUACUCAUGAUUCUAUGGCUUUAGGCAAGUUAAAGGAUAGAAGGGCAAGAGACGGAGUUGAUCUCAGUAGAAAAUGUAGGCAGUUCUCAGCACCAUUAUGUGGACAAUAUGGACAUGAUGAAUCUGAUUGCUCAAUAAUGGCAGAUGAUAAUAUAAAUGAAGAUGCAUUAGGGUAUAUGCAGUAAGUCGGUAGAAGUAACUAGGUGUACAAAGUAAAUGCAUUUUUUCAGGGGUUUCAUAAAUGCAUUUUUAUUGUAAUGUUUAUUUUUUUACAUCCAUUUGUUUUCUCCAAUUCAGUGAUACACAAAUUGUCUAACACUCUUGUGAAAAUAUUUCAAUCCUAUUUAUAUUAAUUUUGUGGUCAUUCAGAA